AGACCACGCCUGUCCACUGUCUACGUCUCUGGAAUGAACGAGACUUAUGGGCCCAUCAUCACGAAUGGUCAACUGUCAGCAUGGAAGGCCCUGCUGGCCGUAGAGAUGUGCAGCCAAAUGGCCCAUCGUGGUCACGGCUUCCUCACCUCGUUGUCCGUUCUAGUGGAGGGCCCCGCAGCCACCGCGAAGCUGUUCCGCUGCGGCAUUCUCUAUUUUGGCGACCUUGCCGCGCAGUGCCCCGACGGAUCCAUACGGAUCCUCGACCGCGAGAAAGAUUUCAUAAUGUCCGGCGGCGAA